CUUGUAAGUCAUAAUCGUCGUGAAUGGAUGGAAGAAGCAGAUGAAAGUGAAAAGAUGAAGAAUUCGCCUGAUAAAGAUGAUUUAAACGACUAGAAGAAGGUAAAGAAGAAGAAGAAAGAACGCAAAGUGUACUAUGGAGCUCCCAAACUUCGAUUAUUGGAAGCAGCUGUGGGAUAAAUGGGAACUUCGGGCAUUUAUCGUUAUAAGCCUCUCACUUCAAGCCUUCUUGAUUCUAUUUGCCCCUCUGAGGAAGCGGGCAUCAACAGGUUUCUUAAUAAUGGCAGUAUGGUCAGCCUACUUGCUGGCAGAUUCUGCGGCUAUUUUUGCAGUAGGACUCAUCUCCAACAGUCAAGGCAACUCAACACCUCAUAAGGAUCGCGAUGACAAUGCAGAUCUAUUAGCAUUUUGGGCUCCCUUUCUUCUCGUGCAUCUUGGUGGCCCUGAUACCAUCACAGCUUUUGCACUGGAGGAUAAUGAGCUCUGGCUUAGGCACUUGCUUGGACUCGUAUUCCAGUCCGCAGCAGCCUUUUAUAUCUUCUUCAAGUCACUUAAAAACAUGCUAUGGAUCCCAACCGUCCUCAUGUUCGUUGCAGGCAUCAUCAAGUAUUCUGAGCGAACGCGUUCGUUGUAUCUUGCAAGCUUGGGUAGAUUCAAAGACUCCAUGCUUACAGAACCUGACCCGGGUCCUGACUAUGCUAAGCUCAUGGAUGAAUACUAUUCAAAGAAAGAAGCAAAACUUCCAACUCGAAUUCAGAUGAUUGGGGAACCUGGUAGAGGAAACAAAGCUUCAAGAGUGAAGGAAGGACCGUUGACAGACCUGGAUGUGGUUCUCUAUGCUCAUCAAUUCUUCCGAACCUUCAGAGGCCUAUUUGUGGACCUCAUAUUCAGCUUUCGCGAGCGUAAUCAAAGCCGGGAUUUCUUCCUCAAGAGAACAGCGGACGAUGCUUUCAGAGUUUUAGAGGUCGAACUCAAUUUCUACUAUGACGUCUUCUUCACAAAGGUGAGUGUGAUGUACACUAACCUGGGAUGUAUUGGCCGGUUUGUUUCUGUUGUCUGCACUGUUGUUGCUCUUGGUCUGUUCUACUCAGAAAGAAAGAAGAGAAAAUUCAAUGGCUUCGACGUUGGAAUUACCUACACCUUGCUUUAUGGUGCGAUUGCCUUGGAUGUCAUAGCUAUCAUUAUGCUCAUUUUCUCUGAUUCGGCCGUGGUUAAAAAGAAUGAAUUUCGACGUCGACUAGCAUUUAAGAAGCAGAAUGGAACUUCAACUACUCAAGCAGCUUCCCAACAAAGUGCUGCUGCUGGCGGAGCAUCAACACGAUCUCCCUUUCGAAAUUUUUUUAGGCGGCUUUGGCAUGUCUUCAGCAGGAGGUGGUCAGAAACUGUUUCGACUUACAACUUAAUAAGCUACUGCCUUCAUCCUCGCCUAGAAGUGAAGGAAAAGUUCAUUGGAUAUAUUGGACUGGCCAACAUUUUGGACCAAAUGAAAUAUGUUAAGACGGAGCCCUUUUCCACGGAAUUAAGGGAUCUCAUCUUCAGAGAGCUUAAGAAAAAAUCAGAUAUAGCUGAUGAUUUAGAUACUGCUAAGGACAUAAGUUCAGCCAGAGGUGACUGGAUUCUACGACUAGAAGGUUUUGGUGAGUUGCUGCCUUACAUUUCCCAAAUGGACUACGAUCAAAGCCUUCUCUUGUGGCAUAUUGCCACUGAACUCUGUUACAGUGAUGAAAUUGCAAAAGCCUCGAGUCCCAACAAGGACCGCGAUUUCUGCAAGCUCCUUUCAGAUUAUAUGCUAUACCUUCUUGUCAUGCAGCCUACAAUGAUGUCUGCAGUUACAGGAAUCGGGCAAAUAAGAUUUCGCGAUACAUGUGCAGAAGUUAAAAAGUUUCGAGGAAAAUUAAAAAAAAAGAAAGAAGAGCCUAAUGUCAUUCAAGUCAUCUGUUACGUGAUUCAUAGCCUCUUCAAAUACUUUUUCCUCAGUUUAUAUUGGUUCAUCCUGUGUUUAGUCUUCAUUAUCACCUCUCCCUUGUUGAUUAUCCUGGAGAUUAGCAAGUCCCUCUUCGGAUGGGAAGCGCUAGAUGUGAUUCUGGGCAAUGCCAACAAGUGUCAUCAAUCCAUUUUGGCAAUCUUUGGCAAAGGGGAAUUGGCAAAGACGGAAGACGAUCAUGCAAAAGUAUGUAAAGAAAUUCUUGACGUGAAAACUGAAGUUAAACCAGUUGCUAUCAAAGGAGACAGGAGCAAGUCAGUUCUGUUCGAUGGUUGCAUUUUGGCCAAAGAGCUUAGGGACUUGAAAACAUCAGAUGAGGGAACAGAAGUAGAUAAAUGGAAGAUAAUGAGCAAAGUGUGGGUGGAACUGCUAUCCUAUGCUGCCAUUCAUUGCAGAGCAAGCGCUCAUGCACAACAACUUAGCAAAGGGGGAGAGCUCAUCACUUUUGUGUGGCUGUUGAUGGCUCACUUUGGCUUGGGAGAUCAAUUUCAGAUAAGUGAAGGACAUGCCAGGGCUAAACUGAUUGUGGGGAAGUAGCUCAAAUGCUCAAUAUGCACUCUACUCUCCACUCUCUAGUCUGUCCAGUUAAUACUACUUUGUUUUGAUUUGCACGUUCGUUAUCUGUUGUACUGCCUUUUUUUUUUUUAAGUUGCUGCAAUAAGUUUUAAGUUUGCUAAAUCUUUCCUCAAAGAAGAAAUGCAUAAGUUGAUCUUGAACUUUGC